AUGACGUCACAAGGGUCAGUCCCCCCGUUCUCCAACCUCCCCCGCCAGUUGCCCUGGGUCCCCCACGUGUUCCUGUGGUUAGUGGCGCCGUUCUACCUGGCCUUCCUGAUGACGUCAGAGAGGCGGUCCGCCGGACAGCGCAGUGUUAUGAUGACCAGGAAGAUGACAUAUACCCUGGCAUUGAUCCUACUGACCGCUGUCCAAAUCGCCAUGUCCGGAUAUCAGGAGGAGGGGGACGAGGGGGAGAUGACACGGCGCGUGACGUGCCUGUACGGCCGUAUGACGUCACUAUUACUGACCAUGGCCCUGCUCCGAGUGGAGAGCUCCCGGUGUUGCACCCACUCCUUCCCUCUCUUCUUCUUCUGGUCCCUCCUCCUCCUCUCCGACUGCCUCUCCUUCUACACAGACCUGACUUUUGAACCUGACCUCGGCGACGUCACGACCCUCAGCCUGACCCUCCUGGCUGUGGGCGGGUCUGUGGCCCAGGCCGUGCUGUUCUCUCUGCCGGACACGAGCGGUCAAGCCGGACCGACCCACCCAGACGACGCGAGCAGUGUCCCGGGGAAGCUGCUGGUCAGCUGGGCCACAGGCCGCGUGUGGGACGGCUGUCGUCAGGGACUCACAGAGGACGAAGUGCCUGGCAUGGCCGCACAGGACAGGUGUAGAGUCCUCACUCCGCACUUCGAGAGGGCGUGGCACCGGGAACGGGCGCGACUCAAACGCCACAGCAGAGGAUUAACGGAAGAAACCAUGGACGAGAGGAAGACGAGCGGGAGGAAAGGAGAGGGUGGGCAAGGGGUCAGCCUACUCAGAGUUCUCGUCCGCCAGUUCGGACUCGAGUUCUUCACCUAUCAGCUGAUAAAAUUGGGCUUCGAACUCACUCACUUCGUGCAGCCGGUCCUGGUAGGCUACCUACUGGACUACUUCCAGAACCGAGACAGCCAGCCCGCGUGGAGUGGACACGCCAUUGUUGUCGCCAUCUUCCUGACCUCGCUAACCACUGGCCUCGGUCACCAGACAGUCUCCACCUCUGUAGACCGAGUCGCCAUGAAGGUCCGAACCAGUCUCAAACUGGCCAUCUACAAGAAAACUCUGAGCGCCAGGAACGUGGAGAGAGCCAAAGUGACCACGGGGGAGAUUGUCUCGCUCCUGGGCAGUGAGUGCGAUAAGAUGGUGAAUUGCUGCAAGUCCUCUUUUAUUCUCCUCUCCGUCCCUGCACAGCUGACGGUGGGUUUGUUUAUGCUAUACCAGCAACUAAAUGUCGGUGCUGUGGUGGCGCUGGCCUUGAUUCUGCUUCUCGUGCCUUUUAACGCGUGGAUCAGCACCAACCUAAAGCGGCUCGAAACUGAGCAAAAUGACGUAAAGGACGAGCGUGUGAAAAUAAUGAACGAAGUUCUGAACGGGAUCAAAGUGCUCAAAUUGUACGCUUGGGAGAAAUCUUUUCUCAAGAAAAUCAUGGACAUCCGAGACAGAGAGGUGAACCUGCUCAAGAAGAUGGGUGUUCUUUACGGGGGUGUGGACUUCAUCUUCCGGUCCGUCUCCAUCUUGGUCUGUAUCGCUGGCUUCGCGACCUUCACCUUCAUGGGUGGCGUCCUUGACCCAGCCACGGCCUUUGUGGCUAACGCCGUGUUGGACACUAUGAGCUGCUCCUUCAGCCAGCUGUACUUGGUCGUACCGCAGUUUUUUCGCGCCGCCGACGCCCUCACGCGACUCAACAGCUUCCUCAACUUGGAGGACAUACCUGAUGACGUAGUCACCAGAACGGACCAAUCAAAAGCCGCCGUCCAGAUCACCGACGGUUCCUUCGCGUGGGAUACUUCCGGCGAUAAAAAUUGUCUGAGAAAUAUUGAUUUGACCAUCCCCCGUGGGCGGCUGGUGGCUGUUGUGGGAAUGGUGGGAGCAGGAAAGUCCGCCCUACUGUCCGCCAUUUUGGGAGAGAUGGAGAAAGUGACGGGGGAGGUCAAAGUUCAGGGUCUUGUGGCGUAUGUCCCUCAGGAGGCGUGGAUCCUGAACACAACGCUGAGAGAAAACAUUCUGUUUGGCUCUCCCAUGAACAGAGCGAGAUACGACAAAGUGUUGGACGCAUGCGCGCUGAGGGAGGACCUGAAGCUGUUGUUGGCCGGAGACGAGACCCUGAUCGGGGAGAAAGGAAUCAACCUGUCGGGUGGUCAGAAACAGCGGGUGUCCCUGGGCCGAGCCCUGUACGCCGACACUGACCUCUACCUGCUGGACGAUCCGCUCAGCGCGGUGGACGCGCACGUGGGGAAGAGCAUCUUCAAUGCCGUCAUCAGCCGCCAGGGGGCGCUGCGGGACAAGACGCGCGUGAUGGUGACCCACGGUGUGCACUGGUUGCCUUUUGUGGACACCGUGGUGGUGAUGAAGGACGGGGAGGUGUCGGAGACAGGCACGUACAAACAGCUGCUGGACCACGACGGGGCCUUUGCGCAGUUUGUCCGAGAGGUCAACAGACACGACCCUGACCCCGACCCCGAGCUAGAACCGCUCAAACAGAAAGUGUUCAACCGUCUAACGUCAUUGGAUGAGGGGACGGAGAUCAUCGAGAGCGAUGAAGAAGACGACUACGGCGAUGACGAUAACUCUGUGUUGGAGGAUGGCGAAAUUAUCAGCCCAGCUGGCACUACGUCAGCAGUAGAUGGAGGAAAGGAGGAAAAGGAGGAAGAAGAAAAAGAAGCGAAGGGAAGUAGGGAUGGAAGAGACAGAAGUGAAGACGAGGAAGAGACAGAAACGGGCGCUUUGAGCUGGUCAGUGUACGGCCAGUACUUGAGCUCCUUUGGCUACUGGUAUUUCCUGGCCGGGUUCCUCAUCUUUUGUCUGCUCAUUUACUUCCGGGAAGAGAAGGAUUGGUCCCUGGCGCGCUGGUCCGACGACGUAGAACUGUCCAACCGCUCCCGGGCCCACACUCCAGACUACGAGCACACAGUGCGGUAUCACUUCUUGUCCUUCGCGCUCUGUGGCUGUGGUGAGAUGGUCACGGCUUUUGUCUUCGUCUGUCUGAUGCAGUUUCGGACAUACGAAGCGGGCAAACACCAUCACAACAAGCUGCUGGUCAAUAUUCUCCGCUCCCCCAUGUCUUUCUUCGACACCACGCCUAAUGGGCGCAUCAUCAACCGUUUCUCCAAAGACAUUCAGUCUGUGGACAAUCUGGACAUGCUAAACUACAUCAAGUUCUCCGUCAACGCUGCCCUGUUUUUCUUCAUGAUUCUCUUCCACAUUCCCAGAAUUAUUCCGUUCAUGAUCCCAGUCGUCAUCCUGUACCUGGCCUUACAGCACGUCUACCUGGCCAACAGCCGACAGCUGCGGAGGUUCAUCUCCAGGUCUCGCUCUCCGAUCUUUGUCCACCUCACUGAGACGGCUAACGGCUCCGAAUCCGUGCGGGCCUACAAGUCUCAAGUUCGAUUCACGAAAAAGAUGGAGCAGAGGGUGGAGAGCUUCAUGCGGAAUCAGAUGACGGAGCACUGGUUCUCCACCUGGUACUCCUUCCGCAUCCAUCUCCUGGCCUGCAUAGUGACCCUGAUCUCGGGUCUGCUCCUCCUAGCUGACGUCACAAUCAGCCCGGCCCGCGCGGGAAUAAUCCUGUCGUUCUCCAAGAACUUCCUACACUGCCUCAGUAUCACCAUCAGACACGCCAGCUACGUGGAGACCGAACUUGUAUCCCUGGAGAGAGUCAUCGAGUACUCUAACACCCCUACCGAGGCAGCUUGGGACACAGAGCCGGGACUGGUCAGUUCCUCGUGGCCGGAGGAUGGACACGUUGUCCUGGAGAACUACCAGACCCGCUACAGAGCCGGCCUUGACCUUGUGCUAAGGGGCGUGUCCUGUGACAUCCGGGGCGGGGAGAAGGUCGGAAUUGUUGGCCGCACGGGUGCGGGGAAAUCCUCGCUCACCAUGGCCUUGUUCCGGCUCAUCGAGGCGGCCAGCGGCCGGAUAUGUCUGAGCGGAAAACACAUCGCUCCACUCGGACUACACGAAGUCCGCGCGAAACUGACCAUCCUGCCACAAGAUCCGAUCAUCUUCGGCGGGACUCUCCGCAUGAACAUGGACCCCCUGGGCGAGAAGAGCGAGGCGGAGCUGUGGGAGGCUCUGGAACAUUCUCACCUCAAGACCUUUGUCCAGUCGCUGCCGGACAAGCUUGACCACGAGUGUGGCGAGGGCGGGAAGAACCUGAGCACGGGACAGCGGCAGUUGGUGUGCCUGGCCAGGGCUUUGUUGAGACAGAGUCGGGUGUUGAUCCUGGACGAGGCAACAGCCGGCGUGGAUAUGGAGACGGACGAACUCAUCCAGAAGACAAUCCGUCGCGAGUUCCGAGCCUGCACCGUGCUCACCAUCGCCCACAGGCUCAACACCGUCCUCGACUACGACCGUAUCAUGGUGCUGGACAGUGGUCACAUCAAAGAGAUGGACUCCCCGCGGAAUCUGCUGGCCAACAAGAACUCGGCGUUUUACAGUAUGGCCAGAGACGCGAAGCUGGUAUGAAGGAGACAGAAGACAGACAGAGAUAGAUAGAGAGAGAG